GAGGAGCAGGAGCAGUGCUUGAGGCUGCCCUGGGAGGGCUGAGAGGCAGGCUCUGGACUGGGGACACAGGGAUAGCUGAGCCCCAGCUGGGGGUGGAAGCUGAGCCAGGGACUGUCUUGGAGGAACAAGAUCAAGAUGCGCUUUAACUGAGAAGCACCCAAAGCAGAGGCUGAGAAUCACAAGGCAUUUCAGCAGAGUCCUGGACAGUCACAGUUUAAGUUAGCAGCAAGUGGGCUUGAGGUUCAAUGUAUAGCACGCAAAUACGAGGCUGGAGCCACUGAGCAGAGGCUGAGGGCAUCUCCACAGUCCAAAGCCGGGCUGCAGACAGGGAAGCAUCUACAAAUCUGAAAGACAAAACAUGGUUCAAACAUCCAGGCACAGGCGGUCCACCCGUGGCUCCAAAAUGGUCUCGUGGUCCGUGAUAGCAAAGAUCCAGAACACACUGCAGAAGAAGAUGGUGCGAGAGUUCCUGGCUGAGUUCAUGAGCACGUAUGUCAUGAUGGUGUUCGGCCUUGGUUCCGUGGCCCAUAUGGUUCUAAGUAAAAAAUAUGGGAGCUACCUUGGUGUCAACUUGGGUUUUGGCUUCGGAGUCACCAUGGGAGUGCACGUGGCAGGCCACAUUUCUGGGGCCCACAUGAACGCAGCUGUGACCUUCGCUAACUGUGCACUGGGCCGCGUGCCCUGGAGGAAGUUUCCGGUCUAUGUGCUGGGGCAGUUCCUGGGCUCCUUCCUGGCAGCUGCCACCAUCUACACCCUCUUCUACACGGCCAUUCUCCACUUUUCGGGUGGACAGCUGAUGGUGACCGGUCCCGUCGCUACAGCUGGCAUUUUUGCCACCUACCUUCCUGAUCACAUGACAUUGUGGCGGGGCUUCCUGAAUGAGGCGUGGCUGACCGGGAUGCUCCAGCUGUGUCUCUUCGCCAUCACGGACCAGGAGAACAACCCAGCACUGCCAGGAACACAGGCGCUGGUGAUAGGCAUCCUCGUGGUCAUCAUUGGGGUGUCCCUCGGUAUGAACACAGGAUAUGCCAUCAACCCGUCCCGGGACCUGCCCCCUCGCGUCUUCACCUUCAUUGCUGGCUGGGGCAAACAGGUCUUCAGGUGGCAUCAUCUACCUGGUCUUCAUUGGCUCCACCAUCCCACGGGAACCCCUGAAAUUGGAGGACUCUGUGGCACGCGAAGACCACGGGAUAACCGUAUUGCCCAAGAUGGGAUCUCAUGAACCCACGAUCUCUCCCCUCACCCCCGUCUCCGUGAGCCCUGCCAUCAGAUCUUCACUCCACCCUGCCCCGCCCUUACAUGAAUCCAUGGCCCUGGAGCACUUCUAAGUAGAGAUUAUUUGUGAUCCCAUCCCUUCCCCAAUAAAGCAAGGCUUGUCCCACAGCAGUAGCCCCACUUCCUGGGGGCCUCCUGUGGUCAGGCUUCCCUUCUGGGUCCUUCCAGGAGCUCUAGGGCUAUGUCUUAGCCCAAGGUGUAGAGGUGAGGCGCCUUGAGUCUUUCACGCCCUGGGAACCGGGGUGCCCCAGGGGGAGAAUGGGGAAGAGCUGACCUGUGCCCUCAGUAGGAACAGGGUGAGAUGAAAGAAUGACAGAAACAGAAUGAGGGAUUUUCAGGCACAGGGGAAGGAAGGGCUGUUUUGGGGAAAGGACCACAGCUGGCUGGUGGGGGGCCGGCUUUGGAAAUACUUUGAAGGGAUCCUGGGAUUGGACUCUAGACUCUCCCCUGGUUCUUCCUUUCCCCGAGUUCUGGCCAGUUCUUGGACCAGACAAGGCAAGGCCCAAGAAUGUAGAUCAGAAUUUUUUAGCCUUUUUUUCAUUAGUGCCUUCCCUAGUAGUCUUCUAGAUUUUUUUUCUUAAUCACAUGAAAUUUUAAUAUCACAGAUAUACUAUAUAUCUGUUUAUGUUCUGUAUAUGUUCUAUGCUUUAUACAUAAAAAAGAGUAAGAUUUUUUUUUUCACCUCUCAAGAAUCAGUUUUAAUUCCCUUGAGAAUGCUUGUUAUAGAUUGAAGGCCGGUAAGGGGUUGGGCUCCUCUUUCUUCUUCCUGGUGCCAGAGUGCUCCCACAUGAAGGAAUUGGAAAGGAAGAUGCAAAGAGGGAAAUCCUUACAACACAUGAAGACACAGGAAGAAGCCUCAUAGGGCCCCGAGAGCCCCAGGGAAGCAGCCGCAGAGGCUGGGUGGGGAUGGGGGGCCAGGAUCUGCUGACCCUGGGGCCAGGCAGGAGUCACUCUGCUGCCUGAGGCUCAGAAGGCAGCAUCACAUCACCCAUGGUUCCUGUCAUUGCUCAUGCAUUUUGCCUUUCAAUAAUUAUUAUGCACCUACUGUGUGCAGGCCCUGCCUGGACACUGGGGAUGUGCAGUGGGUGCGCUGUGCUCUGCCUUUGAGGGUUGCAGUUUAAUGGGGAACAGGUAAUUAUAAGGAAGAAGGUGAGUACAGAGUGGGAGGCUUGGAGGCUGUGGGGCUUGGGGUGGGGUAACUCACAUCCAGCCUCUGGGUCAAGGCCAGGAGGCUUCCCAGGAGGAGACAGAGCAAGGUAUGGUGGUGGGGGGUGUCCUUUUUGGGGCUGGGAGCUGCACUUUACAGUUUGAGGGGAUGGGCAGAGGAAGCUGGGCUUCAUUCUGGAGGUGGGGGACAUGGUGAGGUGAGGUUUAGAAAGCACACCUGAGCCGCAGUGUGUAGGAUGCUGGAAAUGGUGGAGAUGGGCCUGCGAAGACUGCUGGGAAGCGAUGAGCCAGGAGCAGCAGCUGGGCACCUAAUAAUGGGUCAGCACUGUGGACGUGGAGACGAGAGACGGGAUUGAUCAAUACCUGAGAAGUACAAUAUGCAGGACUUGGGCUCCAUUUGGAUGGCGUGGGUGAGGGAGAGGGAGGAGUCAGAAAAGGCUUCCAGUUUCCAGCUUGGGCCUGGGGAUUGGAGAUGUCCCCACUGAGAGUAGGACACAAGUGAGGAAAUGGUUUGGAGAGGAAGAUGAUAAGUUACAUCACGGACGUGCUGAGUCCGAGUUGCCUAUGGGACUUGGAAUGGGGGGUGGCGAAAGGUGUGUGAUCUUGAGCAAGACAUUCAACCCUUCUGGGCCUUGGUCUUCUCAUCUGUAAAAUGACGAUAAGAAUAUUACCUCCCAUUUGUGUUGCUGUGAAAAUUAAAUGCACUACCACAUGUAAAA